AUGUACACCCCCACGUCCCUUUCCCGAGCUCUUUCUCGCUCUAGGAUUGUCAAGGGGGCACCACCACAGAAUAUUUCUUCUGAUGGCUUGGCUUGCCUCUCCGUGGGUGACAUGCAGCGAUUGAAGCUCCAUGUUUUGGACAUUCUGCUUCUUUCCUUCAAACAAAGGACAUGUCUCGUCGUUGCCUGGCCUCUCGUCACUAUACCAGAUAAUUUCAUCGCGCUUGAUGAUGCAUCUAUCGCUUCGUUAGGUGUCACCGCUAUGGAUCCGCCCCGGUUGGCCGCCUACACCUCGCCAAAGCCCAAAUCCGCGAAACGACGGACAGCAAAAAGUAGAACUCGUGAUGAAAGCAGGGCAAGCCCGCGAACACCGAAAAGUGCAAGCCAGCGAGUACAGAACAAUCAUCUAUCAAGUCCGGCAGAGCGUGGUCAUUAUCAGAUACGGGAUUCUACUCAUGGAAACGCUUCGUUACAUCCUGAGGGCACUCAGCGAGACUACCCCAUAGAGGUCCAAGUUCUUCCGCGAGGAGAGACCGUUGUCCAUGCUACUGAAGUUGUUGCUUCCACAGAUUCCGAUUUCUUGUGGUCAGAAGAGACUAUCGCAAUGGUCCACAGCGUGCUAGCGGGCCGAUUCAUUAGUCCCGGGAUGCUCAUUCCGAUAUCAUUGUUGGGAAACAAGAUAAUGCUCACAAUUAAAAGUCUACGCAGUUCUUGCUCAUGGAGACUUUCGCAUGAGGCAUCACAAGGAACUUCAGGAAUCAAUUUCGCAAGGUACGUUUCUACUACAAAUAUUCAAAUUCUUCCUUCGCACGAGACCGUAGUCCAGAAAGCACCUGUGGCAUCCAAACUCGCAGUUAGUAUUGGUGGGUUGGGGUCGCAGCUGCGAGAGUUAUCAAUUUUGGCAAAGGCAGCAUUUCUGGAAGCUGCUGAAGAAGCAUUGGACGAAAGUAAAGAAGAGCAUGCUGAUAGACUUUUGACAGACAAGCCGAGAGGGAUUCUCUUGUAUGGACCGCCCGGAACCGGAAAGACUCUUCUCGCAUGUGCCAUCGGCGAAUUAUGUCGGGCGGAGGUAGAGAUACUUUGCGGGCCGGAUGUAUUAGGCAAUUUCUCUGCGGAUGCUGUGAAGGCCUUGGAAGCAUGUUUUGCGCGGGCUAGACGGAAGCAACCAUGUGUGAUAGUUCUCGAUGAAAUAGAUGCCAUCGCCCCGAAGAGAGAUGCAGCUCAUGUUGACAACGUACAAAAGAAGCUGACAGCUGCUCUUCUCACCAUAUUGGAUGGGUAUGAGAGUGCGCUUCUGCGGGGCCUUUUUGUGAUCGGAACCACGAGUCGACUAGACUCCAUCGAUGCUGCCGUGCGACGGGCGGGUCGUUUCGAUCGAGAAAUGGAGAUACCGGUUCCAGGUUUCAAGGAAAGACUGGAAAUUUUGGAAAAGCUUUCGGCAAAGGCCGCAAAGGAUAACAAAUUAAACGUCGGGAGGGAAGAGAUGUCUAUGCUCGCUCGAGUUUGUCAUGGCUUUGUUGGAGCAGAUCUUUCGGCGCUGUGGCGUGAGAGCGUGACAAUGGCCAUUCGCCGCGAGCCAUGUGGGCGCGUAUGCUAUGACGAUAUUUUUAACGCGUUGAAGCUUGUAAAACCAAGUGCCCUUCGUGAGGUGGCUGUGGAAGUGCCGUCAACGAGAUGGUGUGAUAUUGGUGGGAAGCAUCACGCAAAACAGCGACUGAAGGAAGCAGUGGAAUGGCCUUUGACUGAAAAAGGCGCAGCGUUGUUUGCCUCUUUGGGGGUAUCGCCACCCUCUGGAAUUUUACUAUUUGGUCCACCUGGCUGUAGUAAAACCCUUCUAGCACGCGCCGUUGCUAGCGAGUCGGGGACGAAUUUCAUCUCUGUCAAAGGUGCGGAGUUAUUGUCCAAGUGGGUCGGUGAGAGCGAAAAAGCCGUGCAGGCAAUUUUCCGGCGUGCCCGUCAGGCAGCACCAUGCGUGAUCUUUUUCGAUGAAGUAGAUGCUCUCGCUGGCUCCCGUUCCGCAGCGAAAGGAGCCUCGGCACAGGCUCGUGUUGUGGCACAGCUUCUCUAUGAAAUGGAUGGCGUUGAUACUGAGGUGAAUGACCUUUCCCGGCGUGUCGUAGUGAUUGCAGCAACAAACAGACCAGAUUGUCUCGAUGAGGCUUUCCUACGUCCGGGUCGGAUGGAUGUGCAAAUUCACGUCGGACUUCCAGACGAGGAAGAGCGGCUCGCCAUACUGUCGGUACAUACGAGGGACAUUCCUCUUGCCAAGGACGUGGAUUUAGAAGCACUAGCGAUGGACACAUUGACAGCGGGUUUCACUGGCGCUGAAAUUGGGGCCUUGGUAAGGGAGGCGGCACUUGCUGCAAUGGAAAACGAUGUUGAAAACGCAUCAAUUGUCUCAAGGCAUGAUUUUAAUAGAGCAUUAGAGCGUGUUAGGCCGAGGACACCAGCUAGUGUUGCACAAUAUUUUGCUAAAUAUGUUAAGCAGGUCGAACGCCAUAAAGUGCUGUAGGUGGGCAAGUACUAAUUUCCAGUGCAUCAGCGCAAGGCACUGUCGCAGUGUUAUCGUGAUA